UCCUGUCGCGUUUGUCUGUCGAAAGUCUCCGAUUACACCUUUCAGCAGUUCAGCUUCUCGUCACAGUCUCCUUCCUUCCUCACUGUUUCAGAUUUGCCGAGCAGAAAAGGAAUUCCAAAUCCUCGGCGCUUUUAGGUCUAGGACCCUCUGCAUCUUUCUCUUCAGCUAACAAGAAGCAGAAAGAAUAGUCGCGACUUUUUUUUUUUAAAAUCCUCAUCUUCCUGCUUUUUUUCUCUCGGGGACCCGUUAAUAUUCCAGUUAAUGGCUUCCUCGACGGCGGGAGCUACGGAGAGAAGAGGGAUACCGGGAGCUCAGUUCGUGGAAGAUGUGGAGACUUAUCUAACCCAAUCUGGACUCGAUGUCAACUCUGCCCUUUCCUUCCUUCAAGAAAGGCUUCAGCAGUAUAGGGUUGUGGAGAUGAAGCUCCUUGCCCAGCAACGGGAUCUUCAGGCGAAGAUCCCUGACAUUGAGAAAUGCUUGGACGUGGUAGCCACUUUGCAGUCUAAGAAGGGUACUGGUGAGGCACUUAUUGCUGACUUUGAAAUUGCUGAAGGCAUCUACUCGCGUGCUUCCAUUGAUGAAAGUGACUCGGUUUGUUUAUGGCUGGGAGCAAACGUGAUGUUGGAGUAUUCUUGUGAAGAGGCCACUGCCCUGCUGCAGAAGAAUUUAGAGAAUGCUAAAGCUAGUUUAGAAGUCCUUAUUGCUGAUUUGCAGUUCCUGAGGGAUCAGGUCACUAUAACACAGGUCACAGUCGCCCGGAUCUAUAAUUGGGAUGUUCAUCAGCGUCGAUUGAGACAAGCCACUGGCGCGGCUAAAGACCCGUGAGCCACGGACCAUCAAGAGUUGUGGACCAUCAGCAUAGAUUGAGACAAGCCUUCAUGUCCGAAUUUGAAAAAUGACUUCUCUUUGUUGUUUGUGAGGAUUUGUUUCGGAUGAGUUUGCCGUCUUGUCUCCACAUUGUUCCACAUCCCAGCCCAGUGUAGCAUCUAUUUUUGAGGUAGAAGCAACUCCCUGGAUCUUUAGGAGCAGUUUUGGUGCAUGAAAUGAGUGAGCUCUUGACACUGAACAAGAAUCUGGAGCUAAUCUAUGUUUGUGGAAUUUGACGAGAUGAAAACGGCCCGAAUAGGAUGAAUAUGAAAUCUUCUAAGAUGUGAUCUGGGAGCCUUUGUAGAUGCAAGGCACAGAGCUUGAAUGGGUAAAUGGCUACUCAUCUGUGUUCG